AUGAUGCUCCCAACUUACCCUCAACUACUUGCGACUCUUCUACUUUCUUGGGCAAUGAUGGCACAAGCUAAAGUUCCAGUUCGAUUAAUAUCCCACAACAUAAGAUAUGACCCAGGCAAGACCUCCGAAGGUGAGAAGCCAUGGUCAGAGCGGAAACCUUACGUUCUAAACCAAUUGCACUUCAAUACUGCUUCCAUCCCGGAAUCGUUCAUAUGUUUGCAAGAAGCACUGCACCACCAGCUCACAGAUGUUAUGGAUGGUCUCGGUUCGGAAUGGGCUUUCAUUGGCGUCGGUAGAGACGAUGGAAAGGAGAGUGGAGAGUACGCACCGAUCAUCUACCGACCAUCAGUAUGGAAGUUGGACGACUGGACGACGAAGUGGCUCUCCGAGAACCCAGAUCAGCCAGGCAAGGGCUGGGAUGCGAGCAGUGUCAGGAUCGUCACCGUUGGCCGUUUCACGCACCAAGCCUCGCAGAAACAUGUGGUCGCCAUGUCCACACACUUUGACAACGUGGGCGUAACCAGCAGGACCGAGAGCGCAAAGCUCAUCUUGAAUAUCGUCGACCAGCUGGAAGGCAACGCAACAUCACCCAUCCCCGUCUUCCUCGCCGGCGACCUCAACUCAGAAAUGAGCGACACGGCCUACCAAACCCUCAACGCCCAGGACAGCUUGCUCCAGGACGCGAAAGACAGCGCGCAGUGGAAGUAUGGCAACGAGGUUACUUUCACGGGAUUCGCGCCUAACUACACCCUCAACAACCCUGAUACUCUCACCAAGUACAAGGUAGCUGCGCAAAUCUCUCAGAAGGUCUUGCAAGAGGUCUCAGGAUGGUUGAAGGAGGGCGAGAACAUCGUUGAGCUUUGCGAGCGCGGCGACAAGCUCAUUGAGGAGGAGGUUUCCAAGGUCUACAAGGGAAAGAAGGUGUCCAAGGGUAUCGGUCACUGCACAACCAUCUCUCCCAGCUCCUACAUCACCCCAUACACCCCGAUCAAGUCGGACGCCGAGGAAGCCGCGACCACCCUGAAGGAGGGCGAGGCCAUCAAGAUCCAGCUCGGAGCCCAGAUCGAUGGAUUCCCCGCCAUUGUCUGUGAUACCGUCAUUGUUGGCGCUGCCGACGAGGUUACUGGAAGACAGGCCGACCUUGCUUUGGCUACAUACUACGCCAACGAGCUCCUCCUCCGAUUGAUGCUUCCUCCUGGCUUGGUCACCUCCGGUACUGAGGAGGAACAGAAGAAGGCUGCUACUCAAAAGCAAGCUUCUCAGGGCAAGAUCACCCAAUUGCUCGAGAAGGUCGUCGCCGCAUACGACUGCAACCUCGUCGAGAGCACCACCAUCUGGCUGUUCGAGCGCAACGAGAUCGAGGCUAAGAAGAAGAUCAUCCUUGCCCCUAGCGAGGGUGUCAAGGGAGAGGGACUUCCUGAGGUCGGCGAGGUCUGGGGUGUCGAGAUGGGCGUCAGCUUGGGCAGUGGAAAGGUCAAGACCCUCAACAACCGCGCAACCCUUCACCGCCGUACCGCUACUACCUUCGGUCUGAAGCGACCCACUUCAAGGGCUUUCUUGUCCGAGGUCGUCAAGAAGUUCAGCAACUUCCCCUUCAGCUUGAGGCAACUUGAGGACGAGAAGGCCGCAAAGGUCGGUGUCGUCGAGUGCGUCCGCGGAGGCGUCAUCCGUCAAUAUGAGGUCGUUGGUGACAAGAACAACGAUCCCGUUGCAAGACUUUUCACUACCAUCGCCAUCACCAAGAACGGUAUCACCCGUCUGGCUGCCCCUCCUGCCUUGGAUCUCUCCAAGUACAAGACCGACAAGAAGAUUGAGGACGAGGAGAUCCUAAAGAUUCUCGAGCAACCUAUCGGCAAGACCGCAACCAAGAAGAAGACCAACAAGAAGAAGAAGAAGCCAGCCAAGAAGGCCAGCGGCGAGGCGGAGGAGGCUGAGAGUGACGAAGAAUGUACCUUCCCGACACUAGGUUGCCAUUGGGCCAAACAGGAAGCAAACAUCAUAUCAACCCCUCCCCCAUCCAUCAUUGCUUCGAGACCCAGUCGAACCAGUACCCCCAGCAACGCACCAGACACGCCCGCUCCCUCCUCGGAUUCUAAGAGAUCAAAGGGCCAGAGCUCACUCGACUCAUGGAUUGAACCUCCCGUCCAAAAACCCACUCCUUCAUUCGAAGAUCACGGCUUCGCCCGCCACGGCGUCCUCCAAGGCAUGAGCCCCUUAGGCGUCGGUCCCUCUGCAAAAGUCAAGCAGCGAACGCGCGCGCUUGACGGCUAUCCUUCCGCACGUCUGAGCUUCGGCAGGAAUGGAACUUUGGGUGUCGGCGAGGAAGGUGUGUCAACGCCGGAGAUGACGCCAGCCAGGGAGCUCGAGCAGGAAGACUCGGAGCGACAAGAAGAGGAGGAUGAUGCCACACCCAAAUACCAGGUGGAAGAGGAAGAAGAGGACGAUGAUUAUAUUCCCAAGAAGAGCAAGGCAAAGACGCCAACAGGCAAAACUCCCACAAGGGGCAAGACACCGGUGCAGAACAACAUCCCAGCCACCGGGAGGACACCUGUGAAAAACGGAACGUCACGGCCUUCGACCGCUAUAAACAGCCCGCCAACAAUACAAGCUACACUGGCAGCGGCUUCAGCCGGCGACAUGGACGCUGCAAGGCAACGACUCACGAUUGUGGUCAAUGAGGCUGUCAGCCGUGCGCGCCAAAACGGGAAAUUGCCUAUUGAAACAGCCCUGCGCGAAAUGGAACAAGAGUCCAAAUCUAAUCACUAUCUCUACGAGAUCAUGGAUUCUAUCAUUCGACAAAACGCUACGCCAAAGCACACUGCAGAUUUUCGCCAGUACAUCAAAGACGCCAAAAAGCGCUACAAUCGCGCACAAAGGGAGAAGCAGCCACGGAAGACUAUGGAAAAGUCGUCCGAGGGCCGUCCUCACUCCAAGCGCCAAAAGACUUCACACACUCGCGAUAUCAGCAUGAGCGAUGACUCUUUGCUCAACGAAGACACAGUUGCUAUGGCGGGUGAUUCUCAGGCUAAGCCCCACCUACUUUCCUCUGCGCCGGUCAUCCCCCCCAAACAGUCACCUUCACCACUGCCGACUCGUAUGAACUCAAAAUCGCCGCGCAAACUCCGCGCUACCAACGGAACUAGUUCGCCGGCUCUGGGCUCAGAUGCAGAUGCGGGAGCCUCCUCCAAGGCCCCGACGCCUAAUGGCAAUCCUCCAGAUUCGGUCAUGAACAGCGACUCCGACCUAUCCGAUGUUAAUGAAGAGAUCGUGCAAAACGGGUCACCUGAACCUAUUCGCCUUACCACCAACUCGACAGCCAAGAGUAAUGGCACUGCGGCUUCGAGAAAGGUCAAGCAGACACAGGGCGCGCGUGUUGGCAAGAAGUCCAGAGCCAACUCCGCAAAGCCUUUCGGGAAGCCUGAGCGAAAGGCACCGCUCACCAAAGAAGAGAUUGCAGAAGAGAACAAUAUGUGGAGAAAGCGAGAAGAGUUGUUUUUAGCACAGCUCUUUCGACAGCACGACCAGAAAGAGGCUCCCUUGUCUGACGUUCGAAACGAAACCGAUGUUCGAGUCGAAGACGAGAUGCUGGACACGGAGUCGCUCACCGAAUCUCAAAUUGCCGUAGGACCGCCCAUCAAAGAAAAGGAGAAACGUCGCUCAGGUCGCGGGCCGCGAGGACUGAAUCUCCAGGCUGGAAAGCGCCUUCGAGAGGAUACCUCCAGGCUCCCAUCACCGCAGCCCGGCUCUGCCGCGACGACGCGUCCCUCCACACCUGCCUUCGUACCACCUACUACGAAGCGUUUGAAGCUCAACAAUGGCCAGGCAGCCAGAACGAAGCGAUCGCCAGUGAAGAACCGAGACGGGCCUAUCGCAGGUAUUGCACAUACGGGCGGUGGCGGUUCGAGACAGUCGGGGCCUGAUGACAAUGAUCCAGCCUCGCCACAAGAUAGCGACGACUUCUGUGCCGCCUGUAAAGGCGCGGGCGAAUUUGUUUGUUGCGACGGAUGCCCACGCGUUUUUCAUUAUCUCUGUUGCGAUCCGCCUCGGGUUGAGCCUCCAGAUGGCUCAUUCCUUUGCUACGAGUGCAGCCCGAAGGUGAAACACGUGGAUGACUCUCCCAUCGAGAACUUCACGAUCCUAGGUCCGCUAUUCAAGCGACUCGAGAACACGAACGCACGUUCCUUCGCGCUCCCUAAAGAGAUUCAGAUCUUCUUUGAUGGAGUUACUGCGCGAGAUGAUGGCUCCUACUAUGAAGAGAUCAAGAAGUUCCCCCUACCAAGGAACAGCGGCUACGGCUACCAGAGGCCAGAUUAUCUCAAGACGCACGAUAACGACCAGAAGAUCCUGCUCUGCGUACAGUGUGGCAAGUCUUCCUCCGGCAAACGCCAGAUGCUCAAAUGUGACUUCUGUGACUCGCACUGGCACUUGGACUGUUGUGAUCCGCCACUUGCCAAUCCUCCACACAUCAGCCUGGAGUCAUCGACUCGUGACGCGUGGAAAUGCCCGCGCCACGUCGAUCAUGACUUGCGCAGUGGUCAACUGAAGCAGCAAGAUCUGAAUCACAUCGAGUCUGAUGAUGACACUGUCAUGGUCGAUAUGGAUUUCGAUGACCGAGUCUCGCGCAAGGUUAGGCGGCCAAAGAAGGCCUCCCUGAUCGAGCCAACCUUUUCGCGCGGCAUUCGUAACAACGGGCUUGUCGAGAUCAUCAAUGACCCCGACGACGAUACUGACGGCGAGGGCAAUUACGUGUUCGAGGACCUCAACUCCAAGACUUUUCGUAUACCUGAAAAGGGAGUCAUCCUUGAUUUCAUUGACAAAGUCAAACACAACCGCUAUGAGACGCAGAUGGAGGAGCGUCGAGCCGCCAAGCAGGCCGCGAAGCGCAGGGCUUCUCAACAACAGUUUGCCGCUCGCCCGAUUCAGCAACAACAGGCUGCACUGCACCUUGCUCAGCUCGCAAACAAAGAGACGGAUAUAGGUCUCAACGAAACAAGUGUUGACGCUCUUUACCUUAGUCUCACGGCCGAAGCUCCCGAUGAGGUUGUCACAGCUAUCUCAACCGCAGGUCCUCCACCUUUGACAGAAGAGAAACGCGCUGAACUGAUGAAGCUUCGUGCUCUCAUCGAUCGUGCCCUUCUGUCUUGA